ACUGGCCCGGAUCUGGCUCACAUGAUCCAACAGAUCCAGGAUCACCAGGCUCAGGAGGUGAGCCAGAUGAUCCAAGGGAGCUGCAGAGCAGCCUCACCAGUAUACAGAGAAUACACUCGUUACUGUGUAAUUGUUUUCACUUCUGGACUGCUUGGCGGCAACGCUGUCGUCGUUUCCGGCGAGCACACCGAGACCCCCGCGCCGCUGUUGGCCGACGACACCCACCUCGGUGUCGGCCUGCCGGGGCCUGGACUCAUGACGCUCCAGGAGAAGCUCCUCAUGCAAGCCUCCAACAACACCACUAUAACAAUUCACUCAGAUAGGGAGCUCUCGCAGCAAGUCACGUCGCGGGCAGGUGCGCUGAAGGACCAAAGGAGUAACGAGAUGUUAGUUUUCCAGCGGUGA